UCAGUGCUUUCACGCUCUAAAGUUGAUAAAGAGAGACUGUGUUCCAUCGCUGCAUAUCGCAAGAUGUGCAUCUACUGCCUCUGUGCCUCGCAUAACUACGCAUUAUACAAUUCAUCCUCGGGACAAAGACAAACGAUGGGAAGGGGUAAACAUGGAAAGAUUUGCAGAGGAAGCUGAUGUUGUCAUUGUUGGAGCAGGCCCUGCGGGUCUUUCUGCAGCUAUUCGACUCAAACAGCUAGCUGCUGAACAUAGCAAAGAAAUACGUGUUUGUCUGGUGGAAAAGGCUUCUCAGAUUGGUGCGCAUACGCUGUCUGGUGCUUGUCUUGAGCCAAGGUCCUUACAAGAACUCUUUCCAGACUGGAAGGAGCGGGGGGCUCCACUUAAUACUCCUGUAACUGAAGACAAGUUUGGAAUUUUAACAAAGAAAUACAGAAUUCCAGUGCCAAUUCUUCCAGGACUUCCGAUGGUUAAUCAUGGAAAUUACAUAGUACGUCUGGGCCACUUUGUGAGUUGGCUAGGUGAACAAGCAGAAGCUUUGGGCGUUGAGGUGUAUCCAGGCUAUGCAGCAGCUGAGGUUCUUUUUCAUGAAGAUGGUAGCGUGAAAGGGAUAGCAACUAAUGAUGUAGGCAUUCAAAAGGAUGGAGCACCUAAAGCUACCUUUGAAAGAGGCUUGGAACUCCAUGCUAAAGUCACAGUCUUCGCUGAAGGUUGUCAUGGACAUCUAGCCAAACAGCUGUACAAAAAAUUCAAUCUAAGGGAGAAAUGUCAACCCCAGAGCUAUGGCAUUGGACUGAAAGAGUUAUGGACUAUUGAUGAAAAGAAAUGGAAACCAGGAAGAGUAGAACAUACCGUGGGCUGGCCUUUAGACAGACGUACAUAUGGAGGAUCCUUUCUUUAUCACUUAAAUGAGGGUGAACCUUUAGUUGCUCUUGGUUUUGUGGUUGGUUUAGAUUAUCAAAAUCCCUAUUUGAAUCCAUUUAGGGAGUUUCAGAGGUGGAAGCACCAUCCUAGUGUAUUGCCUACUUUGGAGGGUGGAACAAGGAUUGCCUAUGGUGCCAGAGCAUUAAAUGAAGGUGGUUUCCAGUCAAUACCCAAACUCACCUUCCCAGGUGGAUUAUUAAUUGGUUGCAGUCCUGGACUCAUGAACGUUCCUAAGAUCAAAGGGACACACACCGCGAUGAAAAGCGGCAUGUUGGCUUCGGAAGCCAUCUUUAGCCAAUUAAUCAAUGAAAAUCUCCAAUCAAAGACAAUAGGACUUGAUGUGCAAGAAUACGAAGAGAAUCUGAAAAAGUCCUGGGUCUGGAAAGAGCUGUAUGCGGUUAGAAAUAUCCGACCAUCCUGCCAUAGCAUACUUGGUGUGUAUGGAGGAAUGAUUUACACAGGUAUAUUUUAUUGGCUACUGAGAGGAAUGGAACCAUGGACACUAAAACAUCCAGGACCAGAUUUUGCUCAGCUCAAGCCAGCCAAAGAUUGCACGCCUAUUGAAUACCCAAAGCCUGAUGGAAAAAUCAGUUUUGAUCUCCUCUCAUCUGUGGCUUUAAGUGGUACAAACCAUGAACAUGACCAGCCCGCUCAUUUAACUCUCAAAGAUGACAGCAUCCCUGUGAACAGGAAUCUGGCUGUAUUUGAUGGACCGGAACAAAGAUUUUGUCCAGCAGGAGUUUAUGAAUAUAUUCCUCUGGAAACAGGAGAAGGAUCGAGACUGCAGAUAAAUGCUCAGAACUGUGUCCACUGCAAAACAUGUGAUAUUAAAGACCCGAGUCAGAACAUUAACUGGGUAGUGCCUGAAGGUGGAGGAGGACCAGCUUAUAAUGGGAUGUAAACUGGCAGGGUAAUCUCUUCAGUGACUUCUGAUCACCAACAAAUAAGUUGGAGUAUUUUAUGCUGCAGUGUAAUUAAAGUACAGCACUGACUUGAAUGUUAAAGGAGUUUGAGACUAAUGUGCCAUUCUGAAUUUUAGGUAUGACCGUUGCAUUAAAUGGAAAGUUGGUGCCUUCUGGUUAAACCCUAGCCUUAUUUAAAUAGGACUUCUUUACAGGAGUUCUGUGGCAGGAAGAAGAAAGUUCUUCUUGGGACUGACAGAGGAACUCUGGAACUUGGAUUUAUCGCCCAAGUUCAGUGAUAACAGGAGCCAUAUCCAAAAUUGUGGGUAUGGUGGAAGAAUUUAGUACCUAUCCUUAAAAA